AUGGCCGUCGACCCAUUGAAGCUCUCAAUGGCCUUCGACCCAUCAAAGCUUCAGACCCAAAUCGACAUCAAGCCUCCACCGCCUCCGUUCUUCACCGAAUCAGCUGCCGAAACCCUCCAAGAACCCAAGCUCUCCUUCUUCGCCUCCCGCUACCGUCGUCCUCGCCGCCGUCGAGCUGACACGUGGCUCAUCUCGCUCUUUGUUAUUCUUCAUGUCGUUGCCUUCAUGGCCACCAUGGUCGUCAACGACUGCUGGAGCAAGUCUCAUGGCGACUGUGCUCUGAAGGCCUUUGGGAGGUUGUCGUUUCAGCCGCUCUCCGAGAACCCACUCCUCGGCCCUUCGGCUUCCACGCUUGAUGAAAUGGGAGCUCUUCGACGGACUUUUUUGUCAGAGAACCACCAAACUUGGCGUCUUUUCACAUUUCCAUGUCUGCACGCCGGAGCCAUCCACCUUGUGAUCAACCUUAGCUGUGUUAUCUUUGUUGGAAUUCACUUGGAGCAAGAGUUUGGACCAAUAAUGGCAGGGUUAAUCUACAUACUCUCCGCUUUUGUUGGUACGUUGGUGGCUGCACUUUUUGUUGAGAAACGCCCGUCAGUCGGUUCUUCCGGAGCUCUGUUUGGGUUACUUGGAGCUACACUUUCUGCACUGAUUCAGAACUGGGAAAUGUACACCAAUAAGUUCACAGCUCUGGCAUCAGUAAUAUUUGUCUCCAUUGGCAAUUUUCUCCUUGGUUUGCUACCUUAUGUUGAUAAUUUCUCAAGCAUUGGAGGCUUUAUAUCUGGGUUCCUACUCGGAUCUGUGUUUUUAUCCAGUCCCAAGGUCAAAGAAGUGGCGCAAGAUAAAGGAGGCCUCAUGGAUUAUGAUCUCAAAAGUUAUAUCAAGUCGAGGUUGAGGCAGAAGUUGGACAGGCCAGUCUAUAGGAGUGUCUCUAUUCUUCUCUUUGGUCUUAUGCUUGCUGGAUGUCUGGUAGGAGUUCUGCAAGGCAUUAACAUGAACCAGUACUGCGGGUGGUGUCGGUAUGCUGAUUGUGUCCCUUCCAAAAGCUGGAGCUGCAGAGACACGGAAAAUUAUUGUGAGACCAUGGCGAGCAAUGAACAGUUGACUUUGACGUGUAUGGCUAACGGGAAUUUCAGGGUUCUUCCAUUCACCAACAUCUCUCAAGCUAGGACGAACGACUUGUGCAGUGUGAUAUGCUCAUAGAAUUUGCCACUCUUGUGAUUCUGUUACGGCAUGGGGAAAGAUACAAACUUGUAAUAUCAAUACUGUGUUGAUAGCCAUCUAGUUAAUGUUGACUUUUGCAGUAGAAAAUUUCAGCAAAGUUUGUAAGAGCGUUGACAUGACAUAUAUUUGCAUUUUGAGCAUUUUAACCG